GUACUGUCGAUCUUAAUCUCGAUUGAUAUAGUACAGGAUUUGCGCUAGACCGAUUCAGUACAACUAUCGUAAGAAAAAAUAAAUAUUGAUCACUGAUUGUUGCCCAAGUGUGAUUGAUACCUGUGAAUGUGGGAGUUAACUAUUAAUAUUUUAUGUGUUUAUAAUACAGAAUGCUCGACAAAAGUUUUAGAAACGAAACUGCCAACAAAAAAGACAAGACUGUAUAUUCUACAAUCAUUAGACAUAAAAUUAAUAAACUUAGAGAUGUUAUAACAAUUGAACCGUUAGCUGGAUUUUACCAAUUAGGAAUGGUUUUGUCCAAGCCAGCGUUUAAUAACCUAGAAUUUGAAAAAGCAUGCAGAGUCAAUUUAGGCUACAAUGAUACGGUCUGUAAUGCAGUAUUAGCUGGAAAUCACAGAAAUUUUUCUGCAGAAAACAAAAAUAUACAGAUUAUUAUUAGUAAAAUGCAUUCGUGGCAGCAACCAGUGCAAAGCUUGAUACCUCUACUACUUAUUCUUUUUAUGGGUUCAUUUAGUGACCGGCACAAAUGGAGGAAACCCUUUUUUAUUCUUCCUAUAAUAGGUGAUAUUUUAGGUAGCUUUGGAGGCAUUUUAUGUGUUCUAAAUAUGAGAACUUGGCCCUUAGAAGUGCAAGGAGUAUUGGAAAAAAUAGUACCAUCCGUAUUUGGUUCACAAAGUUUACUUACUAUGGCUAUCACGGCUUAUAUUGCCGAUGUAAGUACUGUUGACAAUAGAACUCUUAAAAUAGGAAUAACAUCUACAGUAAUUAGCUUAAGCGUACUUUUAGCGAACUUAGUGUCUGGAAAACUCUUUACAAAAUUAGGAUAUCUAGGAGUUUUGAGUAUUUCAACAUCGAUAAUGUUCUUUUCUUUAUUUUAUGGAAUGUUUUGGGUAAAAGAAACAUCGAAAACAAAAAUCGAGUACAAUUUAAAUUUAAUGUUUGACAUAUUUAAUCCUAACCAUAUAAUCGAAACUUUCAAGGUAAUAUGGAAAAGGCCAGCAAAUGCUUCCCAUUUAUAUGCCUUGUUACUUUUAGUGACUCUACAUAAAGCUGCGUACGAUGGUGAUAACAAUCUUCUGUAUCUUUAUGUUCAAAAUGUAUUUCAGUGGACAGUAGUGGAUUAUUCAUAUUUCCUCACAGCACAUUCAACAGUCACAUUAAUCGGUAAUCUAUUGGGACUUUGUUUAUUUGUCAAGAUUUUACGCACCGGUGAUCUUCUUAUUUUGCUUAUCACAACGUUUACAAGAAUUAUAUCAAACAUUAUAUUGGGAUGUGCAAAAUCUUCUUUUGUCCUCUACAUAAGCAAUGUUACUGGAAUAGUAACCAAACUAUAUAGGACAGCAAAGAGAGCUUACGCUACAAAAAUAGUAUCACCAGAGGAUAUUGGAAAGACUCAAUCGCUUUUGAGUAUCACUGAAGCAAUAGCUCCAGCCGUGGCUGUUCCUUUAUAUAAUGUAAUAUAUGUAAAUACAAUUCAAGUUUUCCCAGGAACGACAAUAUUUUUCAGUGUUUACAUUUAUAGUAUUUGUUCCUGUCUUAUCAUAUGGAUGUAUUACAAGAAAAAUGACACGAAUAUUAAAGAAAAAGAAAAUUUGGAUGAACAAGGACGAUAUAAUCAAAUUGAUAGUGAAAAUUACAUGUGAUUCAGUUUAUGCUAUUUUUUUUCUAAUAAACACAACUGUAAAAACGUAUACCAUUUCCUCUAAAAACAUUUUAAAACUUGUAAUGUGUUAUUGUCUUGGGCAUUCUAAUUGGUUUCAAUUUUCUGAAAGCAGUGUCGUCAAUCUCAUUGGUAACAAGUAGAGUUAAAAACUUCUGAUGUUGAACCGGCAGAAGUUGAAUGUUAUUUUGAACAGACCAGCGAAUAAUUUCCACACAUCUGCGUAAGUCUUUU